CAACAACGAUAUUUUCAGCGAGGCGACGCCACUUGAACAUUAUUGCGGCUUGCAUGAGGCUGCUAAAAAAGCUUGAAAGUGUCUCAUUGACUGCCAAAGGCAACGCCGCUGCAACAAACGUGAUCUCAAAUAUCUUCUUAUGAUGGAACUCUUGUCAAACAAUUCGGUUCCGCAUCCGCAACAAAUGGCCAGCAGCAAUGCGCCCAGGGCCAAUCCCUCGGUGGUCAAUGCCGCAUCCAAUGCUGCAUCCAAUGGCGGUGGCAGCGGCAGCGGCAGUGGCAGCAUCAGCAGCAACGCCAGCAACUCAUCAGAGCGCCUACUGGCCGGUAUACUGGAGUCCUUCCCCUCCUGGGAUCUCAAUGUUGGUCUCCUGCCCAAUGUGGGCCAAAACAAUGGCUCGCCGCCACGCACUGACUUCUUUAUUAACAACUUUCUGGGCGGCCUGGAUACGCAUGGUGAUUUCAGCAUUGGUCCCAUUGGCAGCGGCGUCUCACGCAACCCAAAGAUGUCACCGGAAUCCUCGAACAACUCGAGCAUCAGCUGCGGCUGGUGUGAGGUGAGCGCCUCCAUUCGCUGCCUCGAGUGCAACGAGUUCAUGUGCAACGAUUGCUUGCGUGAGCAUCGCAACAGUCCUUUAUCCUCGAACCAUUCAAUUGUCUCGCUGCCCACGCCCAUUGGCGCCUCACCCACCGGCGGCAGUUCGGCCAAUGCACAGACGCCGCCGAGCAGCAAUUUCAUCUGUGACAUUCACAACGAGAUGUUGCGUUAUGUGUGCGAUUAUUGCCGGAAACUGGUUUGCCAGUUCUGCACAUUGCAUGAGCACAAGGAGCAUAGUUAUGCGUCCAUACAGAACUUUAUGGUGGGGUCCAAGGAGAAGCUGGAGGGUGCCAUCGAGAGCAGCCAGGUGGGCACACGUUGCAUCAAGAGCAGCAUUGACAAGGCAUUGGCCUUUAUCCGGCUCAUCGAGCGCAACUGCAGCGAACUGAGCGAUAAUAUACGCAAGGCGUUCCGUCAGUUCAUCAUUGCCAUCGAGGAUCGCGAACGUUUUCUGCUCGACUUUGUGGAGAAGCUGCGUCAGCGUCGCUUGGCCAUUUUGCAUGAUCAAAUGGCGGGCUUGAAGUCGGCACUGGCCGGACUCUCGGAGACCUCGGAUAUGUUGAGCAAGGUGGCGGAUAAUGCCUGUGGCAUGGAUCAAAUUGAGAUUGCCAUGAAGCUGACCAAUGGACAGCGUCAGAUGGAACAGUUUGCUGGCAUCUACAAGGAUCUGCAGCCCAAGCAGGAGGUCUUCGCCUUUGCCCCACCCGACUACAGUCUGUUGCAGGACAUUCGCAAUCAAGGCGGCGUCAUACUCGUGGACGACAAGAACAUGCCCAUUGUGUCCAGCAGCAAUGGCAUUGUGGCCAGCAAUGUGGUCACCGCACCCGCUGCCACGGGCAUUGACAUGGCCUUCACCCUGCCCAGCAUGGCCAGCAGCGGGCCAUUGAGUGUCGCCUCCACAACUGUGCGGCGUCCGUUGUUGCGUGACAAUAGCUUCCGCAUACCAUCGCCCAUUAUGCAACCACGUGGUGGCAGCGCCUGUGGCAUGUCCAGUGCCGCCCUUGACUGGGAGCUGAAUGGACUGCGCAGCUCGCCGGGAUUGCACUUCAGUGCACCCAGGACUACACAGGCCAUACCCGGCUGCAUGGAUCUGGUCAAGGUGCGCAACUCCAAUGCUCUCUCCUUGUCCUUUGCCACCGAGGGUCAUGAGGAUGGCCAGGUGAGCCGUCCCUGGGGUCUGUGCGUGGACAAAAUGGGCCAUGUGCUCGUCUCGGAUAGGCGCAACAAUCGUGUGCAGGUUUUCAAUCCCGAUGGCUCGCUGAAGUUCAAGUUCGGUCGCAAGGGCGUUGGCAAUGGUGAAUUCGAUUUACCCGCCGGCAUUUGUGUGGACGUGGACAAUCGCAUCAUUGUGGUGGACAAGGAUAAUCAUCGGGUGCAGAUCUUCACAGCCAGCGGUGUAUUUCUCCUGAAAUUCGGCAGCUAUGGCAAGGAAUACGGACAGUUCCAAUAUCCCUGGGAUGUGGCUGUCAAUUCGCGACGACAAAUUGUCGUCACCGAUUCACGUAAUCAUCGCAUACAACAAUUCGACUCCGAGGGACGCUUCAUCCGCCAGAUUGUGUUCGAUAAUCAUGGCCAGACAAAGGGCAUUGCAUCGCCACGUGGUGUCUGCUAUACGCCCACGGGCAACAUCAUUGUGUCCGACUUUGAUAACCACUGCUUGUAUCUGAUUGAUCCGGAUAUUAAUGAUAUUCUGUCUGUCAAGGGACAUGAGGGCUCUGGAUUCCAUGAGUUCAAUCGCCCCUCGGGUCUGUGCUGCGAUGACGAGGGCCGCAUUAUAGUCGCCGAUUCAAAGAAUCAACGCAUACUCGUCUUUAACCAGAACCUUGAUUUUAUGUGGGAUAUUGAAGUACGUCCAUCUAUAAAUCCGUUAAUGCCGCCAACUUUGGAUGAAAAGGAUCGCACUUGCGAUGUUGCAUUAAUGCCGGAUGGACGUAUUGUAUUCCUCAUCGAGCUGUCGCCGGACUCCAAAGAAGGGUCUAACCCUUACAAGCGGUUUGUGCACGUAUUCUAAAUUAGUUUAUAACAAUAUGCAACAACAACAAAAACAAAGGGCAGACGACGUUUUUUUAGACCAUUUACAAGCGCUAAAAUGUUUAGCAAAAAAAAAAAGGAAUCCAAAACAAACUUUAAACUUAAAAAAAAGGGCAUUAAAAUUAGUAAAAAUUUUUAGCAUAAGUGCUACAACGAUUACCUCGAUAAUGCAUAAGAGUUAUUAAACACGGUUACGAUUUGGUAAUUUACAUACAAUAUACAUACAUGUAUGCAUAGCUAUGUACAUAGAUACAUAGAUAUAUAUAUAUUGUAUUUGUAUUUAGCGAAUAUACAAGAUGAAACAAGCAACCAACCAACUAGAGAACUUACAACUAAAGCAAAAUACCAACAACAGACAACGCGUUCAGUAGAUUUUUAGGCUAGAGAACCUAGAAAAAAACUAGAAAAACUUAAACAAAAAAAAAAACAACACUUUAUAUACAAGAGAAUGGAGGAAAAACAAAAAAAAAAAAACAGACACAAGAAAACAAAACAAAUUAUGUACUAGAUGAAAAUAUUAUUACCUGUUAGUUAGACUGAGGGCAGUUUGGCGGUUCAGGUGGUUUGCUUAGGAACUGUGGACGAAUACUUGUAUGAUGGAAAUAUAGAACGAGAGAGAACCACUAAGUUUUAUUUUUUAUUUUUUAAAUAUUCCUUCGAUUGAUUUUCCAUUUGACGAGUUAUUCAAUGAUUUGCUUAGUGGUUUAUCGAGUUUAGAGUUUAGUUGUAUUUUUUUUUUAAAUAUAUAUUUUACAAUUUUAAUUGUGGCAUGCAAAAGUUAAUCUAGAUAUAUUUGUUUAUUGUUUAUUAUGACUAAUUUCUUAUAAUUGAGACUGAGAAAGUGAGAAAAUGAAACUUUGUAAAAGGUAAAUGGUAAUUAAUUAAUGAAAAAAACACAAAUGGUAAUUAUAAAUGAAACCCGCUGACUUUUGGUUGAACUCUUAAUGAAGACUGAUUAACUAAACGGCAAUUGUGGAGCCAACUGAAACACCAUAUAUGGUGAGGCCAAAAAAAAAAUUGCAAUGACAUUGAUAAACGUAACGUAACGUAACUUAAAAAAAACAUAGCUUAACAUACAAUACAUAUAUACUAUAUAUAUACUAUUAUAUAAAGCAUAUAUAUGUACGUAACUCAGCGCCACAUACAUACAUACAUACAGUCACAAAAAAUUCACAUCAAUUCAUCAUAAUAUGGGCAUAGCUUAAACCGAGUUUAACUGACAUACAUUAAUACAUAUAUACAUAAAUACAUGCAUACAUACAUACAUACAUAUAACAUAGACAUACAUACGUUGCACCACAACAAGAAACGAGAAAUUUCUUUACAAUUAUAUAAAUUAAUUUUAUUGUAUGAUUAUGAAUUGUAUUACUAUAUUAAUUACGUACAGGUACAGCAAAUUUAGCAAAAGAAAAUACCUUAUCAUAAUUUUUUGACUCAAAUGUGUUCAUUAGCAUUUAGUAGAGAGCUGAAAGAAAACAAUUCUAGCAACAUGGACGGACGGAAAAAACAUAUGAAAAAUUCAGAGCAAUAUGCGCGUAUUGAAUACAUAUUUAGGUGACAUGUUCCUCGCAAACAAACAAAACAAAACAAAA